AAAGAAAUUGAAAUCAGCCAUUUUGAAGGAAAACGUUUGGUGUGUUGUUCAUGUUGUGAUAUUAUUUAUAGAGUUUAUUUGUUUUUGUUUAGUGAAAUGUUUGGGAAAAAUCCGCUUUGUGUUGUUGUCCUAUUAUCCGUCACAAAACUGUCCAUCACACAAUGGACAUGCACCAGCAAUGAGCAAUGCGGCGUGGAAGGCAGUCUAUGCGUCAACGGCGCGUGCGCAUGUCCCACGGGACAGCAGGUGGUGUCAGGAGGAACAGCGUGCGCUGACAUUGCUCCAUACCACGCCUCAUCCUGCGUCGAUGACUUCCAGUGCUCGAAUUUGUUCAACUCCUUCGAGUGUCGACGGGGAAACCCAGAGGGCACAGCAGGCAAAUGUUUCUGCCAACAAGGUCACCAUUACCGCCACGGGCGGUGCUGGCGUACCAUAGACUUCGGAGACGCCUGCUCAGUUGACGACGAAUGCAUGUCUCCAACCAUGAUGGAUCCCAGCGCUCUGACGUGCGACGGUACAUGUCAGUGCGCGGAAGGUUAUUACUUGAGGCAGAGGGGCGAGUGCCGGAAGAUCGCUCAUGCUGUUGGCGACGGUUGCGUCCUUAAUCAAGACUGCCAGUUCGAAGGAGGAUUGUGUGACCAAAUCAAUUUCCAAUGUGUUAAUCAAAAUGAUAUUCCAGCCAGCUCAAGAGCGAAUCUUCCAACAGCGAACGUGACAAGCAAUAUUACACUUUACACCACAAACAAUAGAGCUCACUCUACAUCGUGUGACAUGCUGACCCCAUGCCCAGAACCUUUCAUAUGUUCCACCUUCGGGGCCUGUGUGUGUCCAUCAGGAUACUAUCUUCAGGGAACAGCUUGCUUAGCAGAGCUGGGCUCGCCAUCGACUGAGGCGCAAUGUCAAGGUCUGAUGGCGAUCGUGGUCGACGGCGUCUGCGCGUGCCCAAACAACUUCUUCUUCGGUGAGGACAUGAGGAACUGUGAGAAAGUGGCUCGUACAAGAAACGACGCGUGUACUUCAGACAUGUUCUGCCGAACAUUCGGUGCGAUGGCGCUGUGCGGGGAGCCCCAGCAGUGGGGACUGAGGAGCUGCGAGUGCGACCCAGAGCGAGCAGUGUGGGACGAGGACAGACAGAUGUGCAGGCUAUUUGCUGGCAUCGGUGAGCAAUGCGAAGUGAACAGCGACUGUUUAGCUGGUGAAUUGGAAAUAACAUGCGUGGUCGCAGCUGAUGAUGUCGGCUACUGCGCCUGUCCCGAGGGGCUGACGGAGUUUGAAGGGCUGUGUCUCACUUCUGGACUGGGUUUGGGUGACCCAUGCCAGGCCACAAUAGAAUGCACAGCAACUGAAAACACGAUAUGCCUCAACGGCAACUGCACCUGCGGGGACGGCUACCAGGCUCUUGAUGAUUUCUGUGCUCCUAUAAUCGGCGGCAGCUGCAAUGUCGACAGCGACUGUGUGAUCGAGCACACGCUGUGUCACAACGAGACCAGAACGUGUCAAUGUGGCGACGGCUUCGUGGCUUAUGACGAUGUGUGUUGGCCCAGUGUGUCCGGCAUAAAUGCAGAAUGUAAUGUGACAGAACAGUGUCGGCCGAGUCUAGGAGACAACUCUGUCUGUCUGUUCGGCAGCUGUGUCUGCGAGAACGACUACCAUUACAGGGACGGGCGAUGCUGGGCUAGAAUUGGUCUCUUCGAGGUUUGCGGCAGCACCAGCGAGUGCUUCCUGGCCGCUGGCUCCGAGCUCACUGAGUGCCGCAACGGCCUGUGCCAGUGUCACUUCGACUUCAGCUACUCUGAACAGUCACAUACUUGUUUAUCAUCGGCGACGAGCAUCACCGCAGGAAUAACUAGUAUUAUAACAGUGAUAUAUUUAUUCUUAAGAUAAUUAUGACAGAUUCAAAUUAAAUUAACAACACAGCCUG